AUGUUCGGAUCGCCAUUGUCUAAAAGCAAAGGCAAGGGCAAACACAUCCGCGAUCCGCACGAGAAACCCGACCGAUAUUUCCCCAGGAGACAAGAUCAUAGCUUAUUUUCCAUCAUGAAGGAGGUCUUUGUAUCCCAGUCGCAAAAGGCGCGAUGGAUGAAGACGGGUGCCAUCCUGUUUGGCAUCGUCUGCCUUUUCUUCUGGUUUUCCCCUCGUGGUGUCCAGGUCCAGCCUGGUAAAGGUGCUGUUGGGCAGGUUCCCAGCGAACCCAGUGGUCCCACUGCGGUCUGCACCAAGCCGUUCUCCAAGGACAAGCCUCUUGUCCAGUACGUUCUGAUGAUCGAUGCCGGCAGCACUGGAAGCCGUAUCCACGUCUACAAGUUCAACAACUGCGGCCCCACCCCUGAGCUCGAGCAUGAAGAAUUCAAGAUGACCGAGAAGAGGGCUGGAGGAAGCGGACUCAGCUCCUUCAAGGAUGACCCCGUCGGCGCCGCCGCCAGUCUCGACCCCUUGAUGAAGGUCGCUAUGGAUACCGUCCCUGAUGAGUACAAGAGUUGCAGUCCUGUCGCAGUGAAGGCCACCGCCGGUCUUCGCAAGCUCGGAGUGGACACCGCUCAAGCAAUCCUCGACCAGGUUCGCACGCAUCUCGAGAACGACUACCCAUUCCCUGUUGUCUCCAAGGAGAAUGAUGGUGUUGUCAUCAUGGACGGAUCUCUCGAAGGUGUCUAUGCCUGGGUUACUACCAACUAUCUCCUUGGCAAGAUUGGAGGUCCCGAUGUUGAUGAACCCGCCGCUGUCUUCGAUCUUGGUGGUGGCUCAACUCAGAUUGUCUUCGAACCAAACUUCAAGGGAGUUCCCGAUGGCGGUAUGCCUGAGCAUCUCGCUGAGGGCGACCACAAGUACAAGCUCGAUUUCGGCGGCCAUAAGUUCGAACUCUACCAGCACUCUCACCUUGGCUAUGGAUUGAUGUCUGCCCGCGAGUCCAUCCACCAGACUCUUCUUUCCGAGCUGGCCGAGGCCAAGGGCCAGGAUAAGUCUUGGAUGCGCAAGCCCGUCGUCCACCCUUGCGUUGCUCCCGGCAUGACCAAGGAAGUUGAGGUUGAAUUCGAGGGCCAGAAUACCGCCUUCAACUUCACCGGACCUACCCAGGCUUCCGCUGCUCAGUGCCGCAACCUUGCCGAGAAGAUCCUCAAGAAGGAUGCCGCGUGCACCCUCGCCCCUUGCUCCUUCAACGGUGUUCACCAGCCUUCCCUGGCUAAGACCUUUGCGAAGGAGGAUGUUUACAUCUUUUCUUACUUCUACGACCGCACCAAGCCCCUUGGCAUGCCUGACUCCUUCACUUUGAGGGAGAUGCACGAUCUCGCCCACACUGUUUGCCAGGGAUCCAAGGCCUGGGACGUCUUCCAGAGCAUUCCCGGUGCUAUCCACGAGCUUGAGGACCGCCCUGAGCACUGCCUGGAUCUCAACUUCAUGUUGGCCCUGCUCCACACCGGAUACGAUAUGCCCAUCGACCGUGAAGUCAAGAUUGCCAAGAAGAUCAAGGGCAACGAGUUGGGUUGGUGCCUCGGUGCCAGUCUGCCCCUGCUUGCUCCCCGUUCUGGCUGGGAAUGCAAGAUCAAGAAGAUCCUUUAA